GCGGGGCGGCUGCGCAAGUUUGCGCGGGGCAAAUGCACGGUAGUCGUGGGGUUUCGCUUCAGCUGCGGGGAGGGGUGGUUGCCGCGUCUCCGGCGAGGGCCGGCCCCGUCCUGUCCCCGCUGCCCUCAGUUCCAGCCGCGGCGGCUGCGGGGUCCCCGUGGCCCCUGCCUGGGGACGGACGGGUGUGUGGUUUGGGACGCAGAGCGGUGCGGGGCGCACAAUGCAAAGUGAUUCUCUGGCGAGGUGUAGAAGGGCAAAAUUAACGGCCCUUCCCGUUUAGGGGAGUUGUGUUUGUUUUUUUUCCCAUUGCAAGCCGGGAGCUGCCAUGCUCCGUGGCAUGAGAUGUAGUAGUGCAUCUCAAGUUUUCUGUUCUGAUCUACAGAUACCCCAUUGUAUUGCAUAACAUGUCCUUGGAGCUGGAGAAAUAAUCUAAUUAGUUGGCUUUUGCUUAUUUUGGAAAGCCAUAUUCCUAUUUUCCAGGGUAAUGUUGCAUUUCUUUUAGUUAGGCACAUGAAGACACAUACCACUAACAUGCACGCAAAUCCAUUUUGCUCUAUUUAUGAAGUAAUCUUAAUUCUCACAGGUUCUCGACUAGUUUUUGUUGUUGCAUAAAGUCAUAUUUGAAGCAGCAGCAUUUCAUCUUUGGCUUAUGUUGUGCAUACGACUCUUCAAUGGUUUCUGCUUUUCGCUCAAACGUUAUCUCAGUUUUUAAUGAUGUGAGGGCAUAAUUUCUCAAGUAGCUAAGUGCUUUCUUUAAGCUUAGGUGGUCAGGCACUUACAGCCUGUCGUUAACUCUUUGUGUAGAAGUUUUAAGACUUUUUCUGACUUUGUUUUCUGUACAGCCCUGAUACCACUCCACUAUUACAGGGGCAGAAAGCCUGUAUUUCUUAGAGAGUUUUCACAUUUUGCUUCCUUUCUAUAUGUGCUUGUCUUUAUUUGAUUUUAAGUUAGAAAAAGGUCUCCUAAGACUGUUUAUUGUUCACAGCUGUAAAGAUAAAUUGUCCUGUAUAGGCACUGUUAUACAGACUGAACUGACUAUACUAUACAGGCAACUAGCCAGUCAGAGUCAACUUAACAGAUAAUAAUAUUGUAGGAUAUAAGUUCUUAUCCAUGAAUAAACCUUAAUAUAAGUAUCUCAUCUAAUAGAAGGACGAUCUUCUGAAAAAAAAAAAAGCCUUCAGAGGAGGAUGGUUGCCUGCCUAACCUUUGUGUUCUUGAAAAUUUCCCCUUAAAUGUGUAGAGAAAGAGAAAUACCUAGCCUAUUCACUUUCCUAAAUUAUGUUUUAUGGAUAUUGUAUUUUAAAUACUAGCCUUAAGUGGAAUAACAAAAGAAAUUAUAUUUUAAACAUACUAAACUAGCAUAUUUUAUGUUAUGUGGUACCUCUAACUCAGCUAAACCUGAAUAAUGGUUUAAGUUCUCCUUUUUGCUCCCUGGCCUUAGAACAACUGCAACUGAAAACUCCUCUGAAGCAUGCUUUUGGUGAAAAUAAGUCGCAGUGUUCAGAGAGUCAUACUGAGGUAUAUAAUAGAUUAAUGUGAUUUAAGGAGGCGUUACUUGAAAUCUUUUGAGAUCAUGGUACACCAAGUGUCAUAAAAUACAUAUUACUGUAAAAGGUGACCACAAAUACUCCUUGCAUUUGAAGUUAACUGCAUUCAGUUCUUAUAGUAAAUAUACAAAUCCAUUCUGGAUCCUACGAUGAAACAGCAGUCUCUCCUGCCUUGUGCAGUCUAGCCUCCUGUCUCAAGCAUCUCAUUGAAACUAAAGGAAACAACCAAACCCACUUCAAGCUCACAGUCUAUGAGCUCAUGCAGGUGCAGCUGAGCACAGUCUCAGGGAGUGUAUGCAGACCAGGAAUAACAGAAAAGGGACCUCAUUUGCUUGACUGAUUGAUAUAGGAGAUGAAAGAGAUCCGACUUUUGGAGCUGACAGGUAGAAAAUCUCCAUCAGGUACCUUCAGAUUGAUUAAAUUUGGUCUUGAAAACAGGCACAAAAACACCCUGGUGCUGUGGUGCAUUCAUUUUAUAAAUACACUUCAAAUAGGAGGAGAAUGCUUUCAAAAGAAGCUAAUUAUUUAAUUCCAUUACUCACAGUGGGAUUUUCAGGAAUCAUUUCCAUGAAAGCUCUGGCCAUGUGCUGCACAAUCGACAGAGGAAGAAUGAGCAAAUCUCCAAAAAUAGGAGUCGCUUUUAAAACAAAGCAGGAAGAUAAAUGCCAAUAAGUGCAGACAGCCCUAUGAAAUCAGAGGUUUCAAACCUGCUAUCAGGCAAUGGGAUGCUCAAUUCAUAACGUUCUCUUAAUCUGUGCAAGAUAUAAACUGGAAAAGGGAAGCGUCCAAGAAAAAAGAAAAUUGCCCAGAAUUUUGCUAAUGGAUUUUCAGUACUUUUCCCUUCUACUUGAGCAAUGGUUAAAAUAUGUUCAACACUUAACAGAAGAUGGUUUGCAUAUGCACCACAUUAGGAAUUCCAUCUUGGAUCACUGACAGUGGAUCUCCUUAUAAACUGAUGCUUUUUGAAAGCUCUCACCUAUUUUGUGUCAGUGGUCUACUAGCAAGGACUGUAAAAUGGAUUUAGGAUUCAAAGACCAUAACAACAGGACACCUACCAAGAACACCUCUGCUACUACAAAGAAUUUUUCUGUCUGGGAAGACUAUAAGAGUAGUGUUGAUGACAUACAGUAUUUUCUUAUUGGUCUUUACACGCUUAUAAGUCUGGCUGGCUUUAUGGGAAAUCUGCUUAUACUAAUGGCUCUACUAAAGCGCAAGCAGAAGUCAAUAAUAAACAUUCUUAUUGGUAACUUGGCCUUUUCUGACAUCUUAGUUGUGCUGUUUUGUUCACCUUUCACACUGACAUCUGUCCUGCUUGACCAGUGGAUGUUUGGCACUAUCAUGUGCCAUGUAAUGCCCUUCCUCCAGUGUGCAUCAGUUCUAGUUUCAACUUUGAUGUUAAUAUCUAUUGCUGCAGUCAGGUACCGUAUGAUAAAAUACCCCCUUUCUAGCAAUUUAACAGCAAAACAAGGCUAUUUUUUAAUAGUGACCAUUUGGGCCGUUGGCUUUGCCAUUUGCUCCCCUCUGCCAGUUUUCCACAAAAUUGUUGACCUCAGCAAAACUCUGAAUGUAGAGCUACUGGAGAACAGGCUCUUGUGUAUUGAGUCAUGGCCUUCUGAUUCCUACAGAAUCGCCUUUACGAUAGCCUUAUUGUUCAUACAAUAUAUAUUGCCGAUGGUGUGUUUAACCGCUAGUCACACCAGUGUCUGCAGAAGCGUAGGUGCCAGACUGUCAACCAAGGAAAACAAGUUUGAAGAAAAGGAGAUGAUAAACCUAACCCUUCAUGCCUCUAAGAGUACCGGCAUGCAGGUGCAGCCCUCCAGCCAUUCCAGAUGGAGCUGCACCUUUGGCAGAAAACACCACAGAAGAUACAGUAAAAAGACUUCGAGUGUGAUGCCAGCUAUUUCAAGGCACCAUCAGGAUACUCAUCCCAGAGACCUCCCAGAAUCCUCUGGCACAGAAAAAAGCCAGCUCUCUUCCUCCAGUAAAUUCAUCCCCGGGAUACCGAUCUGUUUUGAGAUGAAACCAGAAGAAAAUACAGAGAUCCAGGACAUGAUUACAGUAUCCCGAUCCAUCAUCAGAAUUAAGACAAGAUCUAGGAGAGUUUUUUGCAGGCUGACAGUACUAAUCCUAGUAUUUGGUUUCAGUUGGAUGCCUCUUCACCUUUUCCACAUCGUGACAGAUUUUAAUGCCACUCUCAUUUCUAACAGACAUUUUAAAUUAGUAUAUUGCAUAUGCCAUUUACUGGGUAUGAUGUCCUGCUGCUUGAAUCCCAUCCUCUAUGGGUUCCUUAACAACAGCAUAAAAGCAGAUUUACUGUCUCUUAUUCCAUGCUGCCAAAUACCAUGAUUUUAUGCACCCUAAGAUAAAAUAAACAAGUUUGGCUUUCAAGCCUACUAAUGUGUAAAAGCUAAAUUAGUUUAGUUUAGUUAGUCUGACUUGGUUGUGAUUAGUAGCAUUUUGUGUGAGUGAAUAGCUCUAUGGUUGCAUGUAUUUCUUGCAUUGACGGAAGUAUAUACAUAUAGUAUAAUAUUCUAUCUGUUGCACAUAGGAAAUCAUGCCCUUUGUACAAAACAAGAAUACCAUUUUCAUUACCUGAAAUAUUGGCAGUCUGUACUGUGGAAUUAUACAGAAUAUAUGAGUAAUAAAUGGAAGACAGACUGCUUAAACAUAUCAGUAUUAACUGUCAUAAAACUAUAAUAAAAUACAUACAAUUUACUAAAUGA